AUGGAUAUGUUUAAAUGCAAAUAUCUAAAUCAUGAAAAAGAGGAAAUUAUAGGAUUUUGCUUAAAUCAGGAAUGUCAGAAAUCAUCUUAAUAUUGUUAUUAAUGCUUGACUUAGACUCAUUCAGAUCAUUAAAAUGAUUGUAUUAGAUUUGCCACAAUGAGCGAGCUUAUCAUUUAAUUCAUAUAAGGUUAAUAACAAACACAUACUUAAAUCAAGGAAAUCAUCAAUCAAAUUACGAAUUGCUUUGAAUAGAUUAAAAAAUAGAUGGAUCAAGAAAUUAAAAUAUUAGAGAAUAUGAAUUAGAAACUUUUAGGCAAAGAGUAUUUAACGUUUAAGUCAGAUAUAAAAGUAAUCAAAUAAUUUUACUCAAAGGAAAAAGAAAAAGAGAUGUGUAUAUAUUUUAUACUCAUUUAUUUUAUAGAAAAACAUUUAAUAGAAUUCAAUAAAAUGUUUACGACAAUAAAAAAUAUGGGAUUAAGUUACCCAAAAGUCCCUUAAAUAACGAUAAAUGAUGUAGUAAAAAAAAUUAAAAUUCUACAGAGUAGCUAAUAGGAAAUGCAAAAGAACUAAACAACGCAUGAUGUAUUGAAUAACGGUAAAAUUAAUUAUAGAAUAAAAUAGGACAAGACCUGUUUCAAAAUUUAGAAUUGCUGUCUUCAGAUGAUAUUAAAAAAUAAAAUGAUGCUAGAAAUAAAUUUAAUAAUUCAAUAAAAUUGAAUUAAGAUGAUUACAAGAGUCGAUAGUAACGUACUAAUUGAGUAUGUAUGGUUAGGUCUAUCAUUAGAGGGUUUUAAUAAUUUUGAAGAAAUUAUUAAGUGUUGUGACAAAGCUAUUAUUAUAAAUUUUAAUAAUGAUAAUGCAUGGAACAAUAAAGGUAAAAAAAAUAACAUAUUAUUAUUUAGGUUUCGCAAUACAUAAUUUAAAUCAAUAUUAAGCAGCAAUUGAGUUAUUCGACAAAGCUAUAUAAAUAAAUCCUAAUGAUGAAUGCACAUGGUACAAUAAGGGUAACAUAAUUGAAAAAUCUACUUAGGCUCGGCAUUACAUAGUUUAAAUAAAUAUUAAAAUGCUAUUGAAUGUUACGACAAAGCUAUUUCUCUCAACAAUAGUGAGGAAAGUACAUGGUAUAAUAAAGGUAAUUUUAAUAUUUGUAAUUAGGUUCUGCAUUAUAUAGUUUAAAAAAAUUUUAAGAAGCUAUUGAAUGUUACAACAGAACUAUUUUAAUAAAUCCAAAUAAAGAUAAUGCAUGGUACUAUAUGGGUAAUAUAAUUUAAAUAUUUGUAUUUUAGGUUUGGCACUACAAAAUUUAAAUAAAUAUGCAGAAGCUAUUGAAUGUUACAACAAAGCUAUUUCUAUAAAUUCUAAUAAUGAUAAUGCAUGGUACAAUAAAGGUAAUAUAAUUUAUAAUGUUGCUAUUUUUAGGUUUUGCAUUAAAAAAAUUAAAUAAAUUUUCAGAAUCCAUUAAUUGUUACAACGAAACUAUUUCAAUAAAUCCUAAUAAUGACAAUGCAUGGUACUUUAAGGGUAAUACAAUAUAAAUAUUUUUAUUUAGGUUCUUCAUUAAAGAAUUUGAAAAAAUAUACAGAAGCCAUCGAGUGUUAUGAAUAAGUUAUUUCUAUAAAUUCUAAUAAUUGCGAUGCAUGGAACAAUAAAGGUAUUACAAUUUAAAAUCUUUUUAAAUAGGCUCCGUAUUACAUAAUUUAAACAAAUAUUAAGAAGCUAUUUAAUGUUAUGAUUAAGUUAUUUCUAUAAAUUCUAAUAAUGAUGAUGCAUGGAACAAUAAGGGUAUUACAAUUAAAAUAAUUAUUUAGGUUCUGCAUUACAUAGUUUAAAUCAUUUCUAAGAUGCUCUUGUUUGUUACGAAAAAGCCAUUUCUAUAAAUUCCAAUAAAGAUAUUGUCUGGGAUAAUAAGGGUAUUAAAUUUUAAAUGCUUCUAUUUAGGUUCUACAUUAAGCAAAUUAACCCAAUAUUAAGAAGCUAUUGAAUGUUAUGAAAAAGCUAUUUCUAUUAAUCCUAAUAAUGAUAAUGCAUGGAACAAUAAGGGUAUUAUGAAUUAAAAUAUUUUUAUUUAGGUUCUGCAUUAAAAAAUUUAAAUUAAUAUUAUGAAGCUAUUGAGUGUUACAACAAAUCUAUUUCCAUAAAUCCUGGAGAUGAAAGUACAUGGAAUAAUAAGGGUUAUUACAAUUUAUAAUAUUUAUAAUUAGGGUCUGCAUUAAAGAAUUUGAAAAAAUACACAGAAGCUAUUGAAUGUUUUGAAAAUGCUAUUUCUAUAAAUCCUAAUAAUGCUGAUAUAUGGAACAAUAAGGGUAUUGAAUUUAAAAAUAUUUGUAUUUAGGUUCCACAUUAACAAAAUUAAAUAAAUAUUAAGAUGCUAUUUAGUGUUAUAAUAAAGUUAUUUCUAUAAAUCCUAAAUAUGGCGAUGCUUGGAACAAUAAAGGUAUUAAAAUUUAAAUUAAUAACUUAGGUUUAGCAUUAUAUAAUUUAAACAAAUAUUAAGAAGCUAUUGAGUGUUACAACGAAUCUAUUUCCAUAAAUCCUGUAGAUGAAAUUGCCUGGUAUAAUAAGGGUAAUAAAAUUUAAAUGUUCUAUUUAGGUUCUACAUUAAGCAAAUUAACCCAAUAUUAAGAAGCUAUCGAAUGCUAUGAUAAAGUUAUUUCUAUUAAUCAUAACAAUGAUAAUGCAUGGAACAAUAAGGGUAUUAUAAUUUUAAAUUUUACUAUUUAGGUUUAGCAUUAGAUAGUUUAAAUAACUAUUAGGGAGCAAUUGGAUGUUACAACAUAGGUAUUUAUUUAAAUCCUAAUAAUGAUGAACUAUGGUACAACAAGGGUAAUGCAAUUAGAAUAUUUAUAUUUAGGGUCCUCUUUAAAGAAUUAAAAAUAAUAUUAAGAUGCUAUUGAGUGUUAUGACAAAGCAAUUUCAAUAAAUCCUAAUCAUGGUGAUGCAUAUAAUCAUAAGGGUAAAAAAAUUAAGAAUAUUUUAUUUUAGGAUCCAUAUUACACAAUUAAAAGAAAUAUUAAGAAGCGAUUUAAAAUUACGACAAAGCUAUCUCUAUAAAUCCUAAAAAUGGUGAUGCCUUUUAAAAUAAGGGUAAAUUACUUUGUAAAUUAGGUUUUGCUCUACAUAAGUUAAAACAAUAUUAGAAAGCAUUAGUAGAAUAUAAUUUAGCUCUUUCAAUUUCAAUUAGCCCUAAUGGAUUAAAACUAAAAGGUAUUAUUCAAUAUUAGUUUAAGCUGAUUCACUAUUUGAAUUGGGAAUGAAUUCUUAAGCUAAAGAGUCCUAUUUAGCUGCUUUAAAACAAGGAUCAAAAAAAACAGAAUAUAUUAAGAAUUAACUAGAAAAGUUAUGA